CCGCCGCCGCCACCCAUGGGAGCCCCCACGGCGGCCCCCGCGCCCCUCCUCGCCGCCGCCCCGGACGGCGGCGAGGCGGACGCCAACGGCGACCACGAGCGAGAGCAGCAGCUGCAGAUCGUCCCCUCCUCCGCCGCCCCCGCCGCCUCCGCCCCCUCCAAGCCGCCCGAGCCGGCGCCGACGGUGGCCACCCACACUCGCACCAUCGGCAUCAUCCACCCGCCGCCCGACAUCCGCGUCAUCAUCGAGAAGACGGCCACCUUCGUCGCCAAGAACGGGCCCGAGUUCGAGCGCCGCAUCGUCGCCCACAACCAGGGCAACGCCAAGUUCAACUUCCUCCAGCCCUCCGACCCCUACCACGCCUACUACCAGCACCGCGUCUCCGAGAUCGCCGACGCGCCGCCCGCCCCCGACUCCGCCGCCACCGACCCCGACGCGCUCCCCUCCGACGACUCCGCCGCCCCCGCCCCCGCCGACCACUCCGCGCCCUUCCGCGUCGGCCCGCCCGCCAAGGUGCUCGUGCCGCCCAAGGCCGAGCUCUACACCGUGCGCCUCCCCGAGGGCAUCACCACCGAGGAGGUGGACAUCGUCAAGCUCACGGCGCAGUUCGUCGCCCGCAACGGCAAGACCUUCCUCGCCAGCCUCGCGUCCCGGGAGAGCACCAACCCGCAGUUCAACUUCCUCCGCCCCACCCACAGCAUGUUCCCCUUCUUCACCGCGCUCGCCGACAUCUACUCGAGGGUCAUGAGGCCCGACGAGGGCGUGGCCGCACUCAUGAGGGAGCUCAAGGAGGGGACCAAAGACCUCACCACGGUGCUCGAGCGCUGCCUCAACCGGCUCGAGUGGGACCGGUCGCAGGAGCAGGCCAAGCAGCAGGCGGAGGAUGAGGUCGAGAUGGAGAGGAUGCAGAUGUCCAUGAUUGAUUGGCAUGAUUUCGUCGUUGUCGAGACUAUUGAGUUUGCAGAUGAUGAGUUCGAGGGCCUCCCUAUGCCGCCUACGCUGGAAGAGCUGAAGCGCCGCAAGAGGAUGGAGACCUUGGGAGAGGAGGAACCCAUGGAAUUGGCUGAACCAGCCAAGGAUGUUGAGAUGGACAUGGAUGAGGAGGAGAUGCAGCUUGUUGAGGAAGGAAUGAAGGCAGCAAGGCUCGAUGAGAACGAUGGAGGAGCACAGGUUAAGGUGGCCGGUAACGAUGAUGAGCCGCCUAUGAGAAUUGUCAAAAACUACAAGAGGCCCGAGGAGAGGAUCCCUGCAGAGAGGGACCCGACCAAGGUUGUUGUCUCGCCAAUAACCGGGGAGCUCAUUCCGAUCAGCGAGAUGGAGGAACACAUGCGCAUCUCGCUCAUUGACCCCAAGUACAAGGAACAGAAAGAAAGAAUGCUGGCCAAGAUUAAGGAGACCACGCUUGCUCCUGAUGAUGAGAUCUCCCGUAACAUUAUUGGUCUUGCACGUACAAGGCCAGAUAUUUUUGGAACCACCGAGGAAGAGGUUUCUAAUGCCGUCAAGGCAGAAAUUGAAAAGAAAAAGGAUGAGCAGCCAAAGCAGGUUAUUUGGGAUGGUCAUUCUGGGAGCAUCGGUUGGACAGCCACUCAGGCAAUGUCUGUCGGUGGAGAAGAACAGGGUGAUGCCUCAAAUGCUCCAGGUCCAGCUCCACUUCCUCGGCCUGGCAUGCCGUUGCCCCGGCCUCCCCAACCACUUUCCUUGGUCAAUGUUCCCCGAUUUACACCCAAUCCAAUGCCUUAUCAUGUCCAACCCCCUCAUCAUAUGCAAGGAGUUCCACCACAUAUGAUGCCCAACAUGCACCAACCUCUGCCACCAGGUCAACAACACAUGAUUAGGAUGUCAGGUCCCAUGGGUCAUAUGCCAAGUAAUAUCCCUCCACCGCCUCCAGGCCAUAAUACUCAGUUCAUGCCUGGUCCACCACGGUUCGCUAUGCCCCCUCCCCCGCACAUGCAGAACAUGCCAACCAUGGUCAACCCCAUCGGAAUCCCCCAGCCUCCACCACCUUUGCCCCCACAACCACCUGCCGAGGAGCAGCCACCUCUACCUGAGGAACCAGAACCUAAGAGGCAGAGAACAGAUGAUGCUUCUCUGAUCCCAGCUGAGCAGUUCCUCGCUCAGCAUCCGGGCCCUGCUCGCAUCUCAGUUUCUGUGCCCAACCUUGAUGAAGGAAACUUGCGAGGCCAAGUUUUGGAGAUCUCUGUCCAAUCACUCUCAGACACAGUCGGCAGUCUGAAGGAGCAAAUUGCUGGAGAGCUGCAGCUUCCUGCUAAUAAGCAGAAGCUGAGUGUGAGGACUAGUUUCCUCAAGGACAAUCUUUCUCUUGCUUAUUACAAUGUUGGACCUGGGGUGGUCAUCAAUCUAGCUCUGAGGGAGCGUGGUGGGAGAAAGAAAUGAGCUUUUCUGAUCUCAGUUUACUCGCAGGACAAUGCUUACAACCAAGCUUCAGUGGCUAUCAUGGAGAUUAUUUUUGUUGGUUGCUGCCUUCUGGAUUCUUGUAUCAUGUGUUUUAUAAGUCCAGCACUAUGAUUUGCACUAUGUAGUUUUCAGACUUGUCUAUGUUUCUUAAUAUGGCUACAUAUUGUUGGAGAUGUUUAUCCUUUUUUAUUACUUUUGUGUUA